AUGAUCGUAACAGGUGAUGAUCCUGACGAAAGAAAAGCAUUGCAAGAGUACUUAUCUAAGGAGUUUGAGAUGAAAGAUCUUGGUACACUUAAGUAUUUUCUUGGGAUAGAAGUAUCUAGAUCACAGCAAGGGAUGCUGAGGUUUAAACCAGUUAAUACGCCUAUGGAGGAAAAUCACAAGCUUGGUGAGUGUACUGAUCAUAAACCAACUAACAAGGACCAAUACUAG